AUGAAAAGCAGGCAUGCCAAGUUUGUGUAUGUGCAACUGUCCUUGCGCUACCUGGUACAAGGCUCUUGCAACCAGACGUGCGGAGCCAAAGCUGUAACCUGCUGGUGCGACGAACUGUGCCAUAGUUUUGGAGACUGUUGUCCCGACAAGUGCCUGUACUGCUUCAACCCCUUGUGCUCAAACUCCUCCGCCUCCGCCAUGGUGGACAACUCGACUCACAGUCCUCCGACCGUUCCAGUAUGCGGAGACGGUGUAAUCUCCGGCUCUGAAGUGUGCGACGACGGCAACACUGUCGACGGAGACGCAUGCUCUGCUGACUGCUCUACUGUGAAUGACAUGACCUACGAUUGCUCCGACCCCAUCUUCUCCGGCAUACAGCUCGACUACUCCGUCGACAAUCUCCGCCAUUGUGAGCUCUGCUUCGACGUCCUGUACGAUCAAGGCAACGUUGACGCCAACGUCGAGCGGUGCAAGAGCAGAGAGUACCUUGUGCUGGCUGCCAUGCCUGUCGGAGAGUCCCCCAACGUGAUCGGAAGCAAUCUCACACUCGCCGCCAUCUUCAGAUCCAGCAACUUCAACAAGACCACCAGCAAAUAUGAGGCGGUAGGACCUGAGUUCGGAACGUGGAGGUACUGGGUCAACCAAUGGAGCAUGGGUUUUGCUCCAUCCAGUCAGAUCCAGUUGAUGUCUGCAGACGUUUGGCACUCCAAUUACAAUCCCAGCGACCCCGCCUCGUCUGACUGCAAGUACAGGCUGAGCUGGCACUGGAACUAUGGAGGCUGGCGGGUAGGAUGUACAACAGGGCUCAACUUUGACGAGCAAUGGCGCAAGCAGAUGUACUCUUGCCCGCAGUCUUGGUCCUGCAGGCCGAGGAAGCAGAAGUGUGUCCUGACGGCGACAUGGGACGAGAUUGUGCAUGAGCUCACGACCCAUACGGGCAGAUUCGUAGCAGGAGGUCUCGGGUACUUGAUGGAGCGAGGAGUGAGAGAGACGUGGCUGUGCCAGUACGGACACGAGUGUGCCCCUAAGGGAGACGCCAUGUGCUUCAUGUACAACGAGGAGACGAAGAGCUUCGAGGUGUGGGACCUCCUCUCAGUGUUGAAGCUCUUGUGA